ACAGCAAUAUUCAGCAAGCUUUGAUCAGACCUCUUACUCUAUUCAUUUUUGUUUGAUUUUUGCUCGAUAUUAUAUUUCACUUGGCAGAGUAAUUCUUAAAAGAAAUGACAAACGGUGAAAAUGACGUCCUGGUUGAUAAAGACAACCAGCAACAAACAACUUGGACAAGGAAUGAUAAGAUGUUGUUGAUAUGUUGUCUCCUAUGCGACUUUGCAGAUGGAACAGAGAUUGAUUUGCCUGGAAUGUUAACUCAACAAGUUUCAUGUGACAUUGGAAUAUCUCAUUGGAAAGAAGGAUUAUUGGAUUGCAUUCUGUUCUUCUCCUUAGCAGUUUCAGUUAUGAUUGCAGGACCAUUGGCGAAAAGGUUUGAAAAACGGAAGAUAGUUUUAAUCUCGCUAUAUCUGAGUGUAUGCAGUUUAGUUUUCUGUGGCAUGGUUGCAAACUUUACAGCUCUUUUUCUUUCUCGAGCCAUACUUGGCUUUUGUUGUGGACUCAGAUACACCAUUAUUUAUGUUUGGGCCGCUGACAUAGUUUCCAAUAAAGAGAUUCUAGACAGAAUUUUAAUGAUAACACAGAUUUUCUACACUGCCGGGUCAAUGUGGUCGUCAGUGUUGGGGUUCCUACUACUUGAAUGGAUUGGAUGGAGGAAGUUUCUACUUUUCUCGACAUUGCCCGUACUCAGUCCUCCGAUCAUCAUGGUUCACUUCUGUGUAAAAGAUAUAAAAGGAUCACAAAUAGAAAGGUCAGAAGACGAAGCAGAACAGCAAGAAACAGUGACUGUUUCAAACUUUGCAGCUAGAACCACAAAAAUGGGGCUGCUCGUUGCUUGUGUUACUUUUAAUGGCUGGUUGACCACCCUCCUCGUUCCAGCGUUGAUCCAGAUGCUUAAGAUCAAUAAAGCAGGACCAAACAUUGAUUGCUCAGUUACCAUGACUCAAGGGCCGGAACUCUUGUUACUGGCACUUGUUAACUUCGCAGGUAUGCCCUCUGUAUUCCUUAUGCACUGGAUAAAAGACAAGAUUGGAUUUCGUAAACUGCAGGGGUUUGUUUCCCUAGUAUACGUAGCAAACUUUGUACUGAUGCUCACACAACAAAACCUUGCGGUAGCGAUUUUCACUAACUUCAUAACGAAGUUCUUGAACGGGAUAAUUGUUUUGGGCUACAGCUAUGUCCUCUUCGACGUGAAUUACUUCGGACCGUCAAACUUUGAAGUAGGUGCUAGCAUCGCAACCGCAAUUGGCUUGAUUGGUGGAAUGGCUGGGUCAGGCAUGGCCGCAUUUGCCUCCACAUCAUCUGUUAUAAUCACUGCUUUGGUGGUCAGUGUGGUUCAGGUGAUGGUUGUUGUUUCUAUGACAGAGGUUCAGUAGCAAUAUCAAGCUGAAUAGGUGAGCAGGUUAAAUAGACAGAAGACAGAAGGUUAGAUAGAAAAGUGCUCAACACAUGAGGCCAGGUUUCAAAAUGAGGGAGUGGUCUGAAAGUCCUUUCCGAAACUUUCUUUAGUUAGAUAUCCCAGCCCUAUUCAGAAGAAUUUGUGAUUAAUUUAUUGCACUGUAAAUUUGUAUUUCCUGAUAAAUAAUGAGACCUAAUUAUUUCAUUUUCAGAGUUUUAGUC